ACUCUUUGGUUGUGCCGAACUGAACUCUUUAGUCACGCCGGACUGAUACUCUUUAGUCAUGCCGAACUGAUACUCUGUCUUGGGCUUUACUGCUGUUGGGCUUGUUUAGUACGUACUCCAUCAGCAAACUUGUUUGGUGUAGUCUUUAUGGAAGUAAAAUAAUCUGCCUUAGGAAUGAAAGUAUAUAUCUCUACAUUCUUUACUUAAUCAUAGGAAGGGAAAAUUUGUUGUAUUUAUUGGAUCUGUCGAGACUGGUGAGGCUCCUGCAGCUUCUUCCUCGACAUGGCGGUGCUCGACGAGAUCACCCCAAGGGUACUUUUGGCAUCCAAUAGUCACAUACUGGCCAUAAAACCUUGUUCUAUAUGUGAAACGCAAUAGCUGUCUGAUCGAGUUACAUUGCUUCUUCGGCCUGAACCGAGGAAAGAAUGGUCUAUUUUAAGUUAGCUUUGAAAAUCAUACAAACAUGAUAAUAUACCUGGUUGUAACUUGUGGAUUUUCAGAGUUUUAUUUUCUUUAACAAAAUUUAUACUGUUAUGAUUGGAAUAGUACUUAUCAUUUAUUUUAUUCACAAAAUCAUGACAGUUUACCAUGUCAGUUGAUCAACUAUAGAUCUGCAUUUCCCUGGUCGUGAAUUGAAAAUAUUGUAAACUACCAGUGUUUGGAAUUGUUGUGCAAUGGAUUUAUAAUGUGGUACAAGUAUUAUCGUGGAUCAUGAGGGAACCUGUCAUUUUAUAUUCUGGUUUUCUCUGUGAACUGCACAAAACUUUCGAUACAAGACUCGAGAGCAACUAUUUCUUUUGGCUUUUAUUUAGGCCCACUUCAUGGGAUCCCAUACGGUUUGAAGGAUAUAAUUGCAGUGCCCCAUUACAAGACAACUUGGGGUUCAAGAACGUUUAAAAACCAAGUUCUUGAUACUGAGGCUUGGGUUUAUAAGAGGAUGAAAUCUGCCGGGGCAGUUCUUCUUGCAAAGCUUGUGACAGGGUCACUGGCAUAUGACGACAUCUGGUUUGGGGGUAGAACAAGGAACCCUUGGAAUAUUGAAGAGUAUUCCACUGGUUCAUCGGCUGGACCAGCUGCCUCCACCUCAGCUGGAAUUGUUCCCUUUGCUAUUGGUUCAGAAACGGCUGGAUCCAUCACUUACCCAGCUGCUCGAUGUGGCGUGACAGCAUUUCGUCCUACUUUUGGAACUACUGGACGAACGGGUGUUCUAAGCUUAUCAGAGAGUCUGGAUAAACUAGGACCUUUCUGUAGAAGUGCUGCAGAUUGUGCAAUUGUUUUGGAUAUAAUCCGGGGCAAGGAUCCGCGUGAUCAUUCAUCCAGGGAUAUCCCAUUUCCUGAUCCUUUUUCUGUUGACAUAACAAAGCUAACCGUAGGAUACCUUGAGGAUGCAGAGAUGGAUGUUGUUGAAAAGCUUAAAUCAAAAGGUGUCAGCAUGGUUCCUUUUAAGCUGAACUACACUGUUGAUUCUGCUCAAGGUAUCCUAAACUUCACAAUGGAUGUCGAUAUGUUGGCUCAUUUUGAUGAGUGGCAACGUGCUGGCCUUGAUGAUGAAUUUGAAGCUCAAGACCAAUGGCCUGUUGAACUUCGUCGAGCACGUGUUGUACCUGCUGUAGAUUAUGUUCAAGCACAGAGAGCAAGAGGAAAACUAAUCCAAGAAGUUAGAGAUGGUUUUAAAGUCGAUGCAUUUAUUGGAAACGCAACGGACUGGGAGCGAGUAUGUGUUGGAAAUCUUGUGGGUAUGCCUGUGAUUGUAGUGCCUACUGGAUUUAAGCCAAUAUCUGAUCCUCCUACAAAUAAUACUCGAAGAAGAACUACAAUCACCACCGGUGUUUACGCUCCACCGGAGCAUGAUCACAUUGCUUUGGCACUGGCAAUGGCCUAUCAGGAAGUGACGGACCAUCACAAGCAGCGCCCACCUAUAGACGACCUGGGGCCGGACGAUUCAAUUCCCAACCCCCCUACAAAGACUGUACCUCCUAGGCAGCUACGUGGUUGAGGGAUUGGAAGAGUAAAAUUUUUAGGUAUUUCAUCCUCGUGCCUUUUGUAAGGGCUGUUGAAAAGGAUAUUAGUGUGCAAAUGUAGUGUGCAUGUGGAAGAAAUGUAUGAAUAGAACUUACUAGAUACAGAAUCUCUGUUUUUGUUGACUUACAAGGUUGGGUUUAUGCAGUGGCUUUAUAUUUUGGUUGAAUAA